AUGAAUCGAAUCCUAUCAAAUAUUUCUAUUUCUCCUUUGAAUUACUCAUAUAUAUCCUAUGAAUUUCAUUUCGCACCGGAAACUAUUCUAGGAGAAGUUCGAAUCCGUUCCGUUCGGAUAUUGAUUGGUCUUGGUUUGACAUGGUUUACGCGUUACUGGUUCCCGGAAGAGUUAAUAUCUCCAUUAGCUAAACCCUUUCUUACCCUGCCUUUGGAUUCGUAUUUUGUUCGUACACAAUCAACGGAGGCCUUCCCGACAUAUGUUGCAACGUCUCCAAUAGCAUGCUCUUACUUCGUCUUUCCCUUAAUAAGUCAUCAAAUUUGGUGCUUUUUGAUCCCCAGUUGCUAUGGGGAACAAAGGACGAAAUACAAUCGAUUCCUCCAUUUAAGUGGUUCUCGCUUCUCCUUGUUCCUGUUCCUAACUCCUCCCCGGGUAGUUCCCAAUGUUUGGCACUUUCCAUACUUCAUGGGUGCAACAUCAACAAAUUCGCUCAUGAUCAAGUUACAACCUAAGAUCUAUGACCAUAUUAUGUUAACUGUUCGUAUUUCGUUCAUUCCAUCGGUAUGCUCCCAGGUACCUGUAAUUGUGAUCCGUUUGCCAGAACCAAGGGGUCUUUCUGUAGAAACCUCCACGAACUAUCGUCGUUUUUUGAUGGUUUUUCCGCUUCUCACAGCUGCUCUUUCCACACCUCCGGAUAUCUGGUGCCAAAUUGUCGCCCCUUUCCUUAUUUCUUUGAUAAUAGAGUUGGCUAUCUUUGUGGCAUCGAUUGUACAAGUUCGUGAAGAGGGCUGGACGAGUGGAAUGAGGGAAAGCGGCUCGAUCGACAAAAAAGAAGAGUAGCCUCCCUAGAACCUGGCAAAGUCAUUAUCAAUGAAUUCCCGAGCAAUUCUCAACCAACAUAUGCGAUUCAUUCCCGUAAAGAUUAUAACACACAAGAAGACUCCUUACCGCUCCGUGGGGAGCGGGAUGAGUGAUACAUCUGGCGAGCGCCGGUGAAGAACGCAAGCAAAGCUGGAGCUCGGGUAUUGAUAUAUUCCAUCAAGAGAAAGGAGGCAGACUGGUAAGAAGGCCAACCACAUAGGGGGGGCGAACCGAAAAACUCAGCUUUUCGGAGCGGACCAAUCUUCCGUGCCGCCCCCCCCCUUACUCUCUCUCUAUAAAAAAGCCUGCGGGAAGCGCGAAGAGCUAAGCCACUAAUGUCGUGGCGAAGGUUAGACCUCAUAAAGUCAGCGAAGCUAAGGUUUCGUAUGUGUUAUAUCCUUUCGAUCGAGCGAGAACUUAUAAGGAAGGCCUUCAUUGCCCUUUGAAAAAAGUAAAAAAAAAAGAGCGCUAGGGAAGAGAGAAAGUUGCAGAAGUGCUUCUAGAUCUCAUGGAAUAAGGCAGAAUUUCGAACAAAACUUUCCACCUCUUGCUUUCAUAGAAAAAAGAAUUUAGGAGAUGAAAUCCCGAUUACAUUACUGCAGGCCAAAAUUGGAUUUGAAAGAGCAAGCCAGAGAAAAGAAGCGUUGAGAUAAUACCUUUCAUCCUAAUCUCAUCUACUGAAAAAGGGAGCCCCCUUGAUCACCUGAAGAGAUUUUUAGGCAGAAUUGGCAUAAUUAUUACCGUGAGGAUUGAGCUGCCAAAAGAGAUUAUCCUCCUUUGGGCUGGAAGAUAAGAUUUAUGCAGUCCAUAGAAAAAGAAAAAGAAGAAAGUAUUCUGAAGCCAAAUGCUCUUGGAUGGGUAGUUGAAUAGGGGGAUAAAUCCUUUUUUCUCCUUUAUAUUGAAUGUAGUCAAUCAUUUUGAGGUCAUGAGAACAAAGAGUCAUAGAGAUGUGAGAAGUUUUGCUUUCGCUAUCGACUGACCGUCCUGUUAGCAGUGCUAUACUAGAUUGGCACCCUAACUGGUACCUAUACAGCUACUCCUUGUCAGUUGCUAUAUUUUUUCACCUUGAGGCUGAGAGGUUAACUCCUUCCACUCUCAACCGCCUUUGCUUAUCUUACUAGUAGCUCUAUCUAUUGGUACCAGCCAGGGAACUCCCUCUUUGCGAGCUACUUACUUUAUCUGAACCCUCUACCGACAGAUGCGCGAAUUGCACUGGUCAUUGUGCGGAAUGCCCUCUAAGCCAGUCAGUCAAUGGAGGGACCGGGGCGCUAGGUAUUUUCUUUCUUCUGGCCGUAGGUGUGAUCAAUGCCAUUGAGCUUCGGUACUCUAAAAUAGUAGUCGGAAUUCGCUUCUGAGUGAGCUUCCUUCCUUAUGCUCUGGCCUGACCUUCACGAACAGCUUUCUUUCAGCUACCAACUUCAAAGCUUGAUCUCAUCUCUCUUCUUUUGAAAGUUUAGUACUAUUAUUGUUGGCAUGGAAGGAGUUCAUCUUGAAUUGCCAGUACAGUGAUUGGAGGUCUUCCUCACCUGUUCUAGUGACAUAGGCCCAUCCGGUCGAGAGAAGAGACUUGAGAUUAGCCACUAGGUGAAGUACCAAGGAGAGGAUCGGCUUCAGCCAUAACCAAUACGGAGGGAUUGACAUAGUAAAGGAGGCUAAACAAAGCUAUCAAAGGGAUGUGCCCAGGCUCGGAAUAUCCUUCUUUCGUACCCAAGAGUAGCCCUAUUUCUAAUAGGAGCAAUUCAAGCAUUAAUUAGUACUACCUCAGAUCUAAAAGGAAAGGAAGGAGAAUAAGGGAAGGUGCCAAGUAGCUGAUUGCACAUUACUAAGGCAAGGAAUAAGACGUCUGAGAAGGGAUGCCGAAAAAAGGCUUCAAUUUAAUCUGGUGCAAAGUCAGUAGUACUAGGGCCUUCGAGUUGGAAUUUCCAACUAUAAACAAGUGUAGCGAAGUCACCUCCAUUCUCGAUUUCUAUUGCGACAGAGGGAGGUAUCAUAAUAGAGUCAAAAUCACGAUUAGAGUCAGUCCGGAUAAAAGGAAGAAUCCAAUCUCCUUCUUCCUGAUCUUAUUGGCCUUACAGCGGGCCUAAGAGCAAGGAAGUCUCAACUCCCCAAUCCCCCAGGGUGAGGGGUGAACCUUCUGUCUGAUUCAAUCUCAUCUAUUGCUGCUUUCGAAUCGGCUGAAAGAGUAUUUUGAUGUCACUUAGGAGAAGUAUAGGGAAGUGUGCCUGAGUCUUCUAUAAUAAGUAGUUGUGACUCGGUCUAGCUAGGACAGAGCCAUCCUAAAGAGACUUUCUUCUGUUCUAGGUUUCCACAAAGCGGUAUCAGGGUAUGAGAACGCCUUUCUCCUAUAUAUAAUCAAGUCUUUGGUUUAGAUCAAUCAAUCCUCAAUCCGGGCUCAAUGACCGGAAUGAAUGGCUUUCUCCUGUCUCCUCAUGGAUCCAACUAUUAGGUUCGUGGGUUUGUGGUCCGUGCCUAAAGCAACUCUUUUCCAUUCGCGAACGUUUAAGAAGUCAUCUCCUGAUUCGUUGAUCUAUUGAGCUAAGGCAGCUCUGCAUAUAGUGUUUUAGACUCAUACUUCAUCGCCGCCUGGUCCUUUCGAACCUUAAUCUUAAGAAAUUCCUGAACGAGAAAGCGGUAUGUAUGGUUGGCGUAUGCCUGGAAACUAGUCCAGAAUGAUAUCAUCAACUGCACGAUAGACCAUGAGUAAGCACUUUUGACAGCAAGAGAAGAGUCCUCCUCCUCACAAGGACCGACUCCUUUAGGUGCGAGGUGCGAUCAACCGCGAAAAGUCAGUAAUAAAGAAUCCGCUCUCCGGU